ACCCAAACAACUUUUAUAGUUUCUACGAUUGAAAAGCGUCUACAAGAUUUGCAAAGAAAACUAUCGGAAAUUGCUGAAAUACCAAAAAUUCUCUCCUCCACUUUGGCAACCGUAUCACAGACUUUCGAUAAACUUACCACAACACUGCCACCACCAAUUGCCCCAACACAUUGCCGCCAUCAUUUCCCAAGCGGAAAUGAGUAUUGCCCUCAUUUUUAUGGAAAUGAGCAGAGACGCAAAUUGUCCUACGAUGAAGAUGUCUAUGAUUUCGAAUUAAGUGACGAGGCGGAUGGAGUUGAUGCAGUAGAUGAAGAUUUCGAUGCAAAACAGGCAUAUUUGCAGCUUAAACGUUAUGCGGCAAAGCAUAGAAAGUCAAAGGAUGUUACACCGGAAUCAGAUUAUGCAUCGGAAAGCAAUUACCAACCAAACGAUACAGACUGCAAGGACCAAACUGAUUUGGCGAGUGCAAAUGAUGGCGAUGAUAAUGACGUCACCGAUGACGAUUACAAUUACGAUGACAAUGACAAUGCUGCCGUUACCACUUCCAAUGAUGAGGAUGAUGACUCUGAAAAAAGCUGUGACAUGUAUGAAGAGUUUAACUUGUCUGUGCUUAAAAUUCCUUUGGGUCAUGUCAACGAUGAAUACGAUAUUAAAGAGUAUGCAGAUGAUGAUGAUGAUGAAAAAGAUAGCGCUGAUGAUGAGGAUUUUUUAACAACCACUUUUACAUGGAAUUUACGCAACAAACCAAAACUACAAAUAACUGACAGUGAUGAAAAUGACAACGUUAAUAAACGAGACAACGACGAUGAAGGCGAUGAUAAAUUAUAUGUUUCACAACCAAAAUCCUUGAACGAAUCCAAGGACAUUUUAUGCCAAAAACAACACUCAAAAGCUGAUACACCAGAAAAGGAACAAAAGCUGGACAAAUUGGAACGUUCAUGGCCUUGGGCAGAUCGUGAGAAAAUCAUUUACAAACAAUCAACUUGCCAUUUGGUGCCACAUAAACCAUUGGGUUUAAUUGAGAAACGCAUACAAUUGCUGGUCAAACGUAACCUUUUGGAGCACAUAAACAAAACCAAGAAUCCGCAAUAAUUUCCAGAGCAAAUGAGAGCAAAAAGUUAGUUGUAUGAGUACAUAGUAUAAUUAAUAUUUAAUUUUAAUUAACGCUGAAUGC